AAAUUUUAGUUUUUAUUUGUGACUUAUAAGGGAGCAAGAAUGCAAAGGAGUGCUUCACAACAAAGUAGUAUUGUUAUGAAAGUAAUGAAACAAAAAAAUCAGAAAGGCUUCCUUAUUUGGAGGUAUGAUAUUUGGAGUAAUUGCCUUAUUUUUGGAUCAAAUUGGUAUGUACUAGUAUUACUGAGUACUCCAUAUACUGUUGAGUGAGUUAAAAAAGUGUAACGUUGAAGAAAAGGAGCAACACUUUUAAUCAUCAUCACUCAUCAGAUCUAGGGAGUCAGGGAAAGCGCAAAACAAAUUAUAAACCUGAGAAAGGAGGGAAGUAAAAGAGAGAGAGAGAGAGAGAGAGAGAGAGAGAGAGAGAGAGAGAGAGAGAGAAUUAAAUCCCAUUGCUCUUAGCCUUAACCCCCUAAAUCAUUCUUGAUUUGGUUGUUCAUCUUCUUCGGUCUCCCGCAGACAUAUAAUAUAUAGGUAGCUGAGUCAAUCAACUCCAUCACAAGAUUUUUCAAUUUGGUUUGAUUUGGUCCUGAUCCAAUUCAACCAGCAUUUUCCCCGCAGUUUCUGUCCUAUUCUUUCAUUCCACCCAAAACCCGAAAUCAUACAUAUUUCUAAUCUCCUACUGGGUGUUUGUUCUUAUUAGGUGGGAGCAAACCAAAUUGAGUGGUGAGGUGGGCUGACAAAUUUAGAGCUGGAGUCGGUUCAAGGGAAUCAGGGGUUGCCGCCGGGGAACGGUAAGAUCCGAUAUCGCUCACCAUCGGCUGCUGAACUCCUCUUAGAUGCCCAGCAGCCCCUGCCCCACCACCCUCUCCUAGACGGCGGCGCCGCCGGCGGCCCUUCCUCCUCCUCCUCCUCCUCCUCUUCCGCUCCUAUGGAGAAGAUGACCAUGUUGAAGCAGCAGCGUACCAGACACCAGGAUUCCUAUUCCCUCCUCUUGGACAAGAUCCAACGUUACCGAGGUCUCGUCCUCCUCGUUUCCCUCCCACUCCUUCUCGUCACUUUCGUUCUCUUUCUCAUGCCCUCUUCCCCUACCUCCCCUUCUUCCGAUUCCCUCCCUCUCCCUCGCAAGUUUUCUCCCAUGACCAAGGAUCGUUCCUACGCCGUUAUCUUUGACGCCGGCAGUUCUGGCAGUCGGGUUCACGUCUUCUGCUUCGACUCCGACCUCGAUCUAGUUCCCAUUGGCAAAGAUCUCGAACUCUUCGUACAGAGAAAACCGGGUCUGAGCGCAUAUGCUAAUGACCCGAAGGCUGCCGCAGAUUCCUUGCUUGUGCUCCUGCAGAAGGCGUUAGCUGUUAUCCCCAGAGAAUUGAUUCAGAAAACCCCAGUUAGGGUUGGGGCAACUGCAGGUCUGAGGCAAUUGGGAGGAGAUGCCUCGGACAGAAUUCUACAAGCAGUUAGGGAUUUCUUGAAGCAUGAGAGCACUCUAAAGUCCAAGGAUGACUGGGUUAAAGUUAUUGAUGGAAGCCAGGAAGGUGCUUAUCAGUGGGUUACAAUAAACUAUUUGCUAGGGAACUUGGGAAAGAAAUAUUCUAGCACGGUUGGUGUUGUGGAUCUUGGUGGUGGAUCUGUGCAAAUGGCAUAUGCCAUCUCCGAAGCAGAUGCUGCAAAGGCUCCUAGACUUUCAGAUGGGGAGGAUGCAUAUGUUCAAGAAAUGUACCUGAAGGGGAGAAAAUAUUACCUAUAUGUGCAUAGUUACUUGCACUAUGGCUUAUUAGCAGCUCGAGCUGAGAUAUUGAAGGCUGGUGAAGAAUCCAGUAAUCCAUGCAUCUUAGAAGGCUUUGAUGGUUCUUACAAAUAUGGAGGGAAAGAUUUUCCAUCUUCAGCCUCGCCAUCAGGUUCGAGCAUGAACAGAUGUAGAGAAGUUACUCUGAAAGCCCUUAAAGUGAACGAAUCAACAUGUACCCACAUGAAGUGUACAUUUGGUGGGGUAUGGAAUGGUGGAGGUGGAGAUGGUCAGAAAAAUCUGUUUGUCGCAUCAUUUUUCUUUGACAGAGCUGCCGAGGUAUUUGUCCCGCUAAACAAUCUUGUUGGUCUUUUCAGCAUUUUGCAAUGCCAAUGCUAAUCACAUGAUGAUUUUCCCAUGGAGACAGGCUGGUUUUGUUGACCCGAGUGUCGCUGUUGCGAAAGUUCAUCCUGCCGACUUUGAGGAUGCAGCUAAGCGUGCUUGCCAGACGAAACUUGAGGAUGCUAAAUCCACAUACCCUCGGGUGGAAACGGAGAACCUACCCUUCUUGUGCAUGGAUUUAGUGUAUCAGUUUACGCUGCUUGUAGAUGGGUUUGGUGUGUAUUUAAUAUCUUUGAUACUGGAAAUGAUAGUCACAUUUUGUUUGGAAGCAGAUACUAAUUAAUCCUGUGUGGUGUCAUGUUCUAACAGGGCUUGAUCCAUGGCAAGAGAUAACCUUGGUGAAGAAAGUGGAGUAUCAGAACUCGCUAGUUGAAGCAGCAUGGCCACUAGGUAGUGCCAUUGAAGUAGUGUCUUCUUCCUCUGCAUAAAGUAGCUGAGUUGAGCUGGGGAGUUCAGAGUAGUUUUUUUUGUCAUUCUGGGUAACAUUCAUGCAUUAUUUUUGACUCUUCUGACAGUAUCCCUCUGUCCGGCUGGAAGAAUAUAUAUAUACAUAUGUAUUUCAAUCCUCUCUCCGGUAUACACACAGACUCAUCGAUUUAUGAUUACAUUUAUAAGAAAGAAAGAUUUUACAGUGCCCCAUGUCUUGCUCUUGGUCAGAUGAAUACAAGAAUUCGGCAAACUGAGAAACGUAUGCUUGUGCCAUUUUCUUUCAUUUUAUAGUUUUUGAUUAAAUAAGAUUGAGCUUCAAAUAAUCCUAGUGGUGAGCUAGAUGAUAUGAACACAAAUACUAAACCUAUUUUAACAAACAGAAGAAUGACAUACACAUUUGGCAAUUAAACAAGUCAUUAGAGAAUGCAUGCAUACUUUUGAUCAGCUUCAAUUAUCUAAUCUUAUUAUCAUCAUAGUCUUCUUGUUCAACCAAACUCAACAAAAUCUUCUAAAAUAAGCACACAGUGCAGUGUGAAUAAUGAUGCAGCAAUCAAAGAAAAGAACCCAAGAGGGGGAAGAUUAAUCAAAAUUAAAGAAAAACAAAAAUUCAUUCAUACGAUGAAGCCGCCUCAUCUAAGCUUCUCCUUUCCGGCGCUUCUCUUAGCUGCUUCCUGGACCUUCUCUAAGUAUCCUUCGAUGGGAGGGGUCAAAGUCGCCAUGAAUCGGUUAAUCGGAAACGGUGUGAAAUCCGGAACCAAAGCAGCAGCCUUCAACUUCUCCGGCAAGGCCUCAAUCGCCUCUUUCUUACACCUCAGCAAUGCAGUCUCAGCAGCUUGCCUAGCUCUAUGCUUCCUCAUCAAAACCCUAGAAUACUCCUUGGCAAGCCGCCGGCCAUCCUCCACGGUCAACUCAUACGCCGGGAUCUUAUCCGCAUCCACUAGGCCCAAACUUAUCAAAUCCAGUCCGCCCGGGAGGCCCAUCAGAAACGGCGCGUCGAACUCGUUCUUCUUCUUCGCCAUUUUCUUCCACUUCUUCUGCUGUUCUUCCAUCGCCUUGCUUUUCAGACCCAUUUUCUCCCGUUCGGCUUCCCGGGCUUUCUCGUCGGGUUUCAGGUAUCGGAUCGGGGGAGCUGAACCCAGGCAUUCAUCAACCAGCUCGUCGAAUUCGGACCUCCGUCGGGGCCCACCUCCUGCAGGCGCUGCUGUUGUUUUUUUGGUGGUUACUUUUGAUCUCUUCAAUGGCUUACCUUCCUUAAUCUUGCCCUUCCCUUUCGCUGUUCCGCUCACCCAGCACCUUUGCAGUAGUUGAUAGUAGCUCUGCCCCGACUCCACCAUCGAUGAACCCGAACCCGAAAUCGAAGCCAAAGCCUUCAUUUUUCCAAUCCCCAAUCCUCCUCGCUGGAUCAUUUUUGCACAAACCUCAAAGAUUAACUGUUCUCGUCGGAGGCCGGCGAUUGGCAAAACCUUCGUAUAUUUAUAGAUUUCACUUGAUUUAAUGGGCCUAGGCUUUUAUAUUUAUUAUUGGGCUCUAAAGGAAGUUUUGGACCCAUUUUCUGAAGCUUAAAAUGGCCCACAUAAACUUAACG